GUCCAGCACCCAGACAGCUGUGGGAGGAGAUGAUGCUGGUGGCAGAAGUUUCCCAAGCCUUUGAAGAGAAAGCAGCCUCUUCAGGAAUAAGGAGGAUAUGGAUGCACGUUCUCAGCUGGUUAUACCUCAGGCAUCUGUAUGCUUCGAGGAUGUGGCUGUGACUUUCACAUAUGAGGAGUGGAGACAGCUGGACACAGCCCAGAGGAUGCUGUACCGAGAUGUGACACUGGAGACCUGCAGGCAUCUUGUUUCCCUGGGGCUACUACUUUCCAAACCGGAUGUGAUCUCUCAGCUGGAGCAAAGAGAAGACCUGUGGAGGGUGGAGCAGGCAUCUCCCCAAGAUUGGAAGGCUACAUUAGAAAAGAAAAGACUGACUUCCAAUAAAGAUAACACUGGGGAAGAACCAUCCCACCUCAUGGAAAUGAAACUCUGCAUUGAAGAGGAGCACACCUGGUUGGUGUCAUUAAGAAAAGUGCAGGAUCAGAGGGACCAACUAGGGAAACACCAGGAGAACUCUUUGAGGCAGAUGGUACUCACCUCAGAGAGACUGUUUCCUCAAGGGGAACAUUGUGAGCUUGAACUUGGACAACGUUAUCCUCUGAGUUUAAGCCUCCUACCUCCAACAUUACCUACCAGUGUGCAUUUCCAUAAGUUCUACCCACAAGUAAAAAAGUUGAAACAAAAUUCAGUUUUCAUUAAUCAUAAGAAAGACUGGGUUGGUCUGAAGCCCUGUGAAAACCAUCAGCGAGCUAGAGCCUUCUGUCAGAGCAUUUACUUGAGUAAACUUCCAAACAUUGAAACAGGAAAUAAAAAGCCUUAUGAACACAUUGUCAGUGGUGACUCUCUCAGCUGUGGUUCCUCCCUUUGUUUUCAUGGCAGAAUUUUUUCAGCAGAGAAAAGUGAUGGCUAUGAGAACUAUGGAAACAUUUUAAGUUACGGUGUGUGUGUAAGUGAGCACCAGCUGGUAAAUUUUGGAGAAAGUCAGUAUGAGUGUGACGAAUGCAGAGAUGCCUGUUCUGAGAGUUCGUGCCUUAUACAAAUGCAAAGAAAUAACUCUGGAGAGGCUAUCAGAUGUGAGGCAGACUGUGAUGCCUUCCCCAUGGCCUCAUCUUUUUCUGACUGUAACAUCACUCAGACUGGAAAGAAGUCAAACGUGUGUAAUCAGUGUGGAAAAUCUUUCAGCUGUUGUUCUAAACUUGUUGUACACCGGAGAACACACACUGGGGAAAAGCCCUAUGAAUGUACUCGGUGUGGGAAAUCUUUCAGCCAGAGCUAUGACCUUGUUGUACAUCAGAGGACACACACUGGAGAGAAGCCCUAUGAGUGUAACCAGUGUGGGAAAUCAUUCACCCAGAGCUCCAAACUUAUAAGGCAUCAGCGAACUCACACGGGAGAAAAACCGUAUAAUUGUCUUGAAUGUGGAAAAUCCUUCAGGUGGAACUCUAAUCUCAUUGUACAUCAGAGGAUUCAUACUGGAGAGAAACCUUAUGAGUGUGCACACUGUGGAAAGUGCUUCAGCCAAAGCUCUGACUUCGUUGCACAUAAAAGGACUCACACUGGAGAGAAGCCCUAUGAAUGUAACCAGUGUGGAAAAUCCUUUAUUCGAAGCACUCAACUUAUUAGGCAUCUGCGAAUUCACACUGGAGAGAAGCCAUACAAAUGCAGUCAGUGUGAUAAAGCUUUCGCUGGGAGCUCUCACCUUGUUGAGCAUCAGAGAACUCAUACUGGAGAAAAACCUUUUGAAUGUAACCAGUGUGGGAAAGCCUUCACUGGGAGCUCUCACCUUCUUUCCCACCAGCGAAUUCAUUCUGGAGAGAAACCAUAUGAAUGUAAUGACUGUGGGAAAUCCUUUCGGCAGCGAUCUCAGCUUGUUGUGCAUCAGCGGACACAUACUGGAGAGAAACCCUAUGGAUGCAGUCAUUGUGGGAAGGCUUUCAGCCAGAGGUCUCCACUCAUUGUGCAUCAGAGGACGCACAUUGGAGAGAAGCCUUAUCAGUGUAAUGUGUGUGUUAAAGCCUUCAGUCAGCGAUCUCGACUCAUUGAACAUCAAAGAACACAUACAGGAGAAAAGCCCUACGAAUGUAUUGACUGUGGAAAAGCCUUUAAUGAUCGGUCAACCCUUACUAAACAUGAGCGAACACACACUGGAGAGAAACCGUAUGAAUGUAACUAUUGUGAGAAGGCCUUUAGUCAGCGGUGUCAACUUACUAGGCAUCAGAGAAUUCACACUGGAGAGAAACCCUAUGAAUGCAAUGAAUGUGGGAAAGCAUUCAGUUAUAAUACAUCCCUUAUUCAACAUGAGAAAGCUCAUGGGCAGAAACUCUGA